UCGAUGAUCAGAGAGACUGUCUGUUAGGUUAGGUUUUAUUCAGUUUGGUAGAUGGCUGAAAUUUGUCAGGGGAUAUUCGACGUAUUGAUAUUUCGGAUCGUCAGUGUACGAAAUAAAGCAGAAUGACACAAUCCACGCAGAUAAUCGAGGAACUCGACGACUGUUUCAUGAGAACAGCGGGAAACCUUAUGAAAUACUAUGUCGACGAAGAAGAACAAAAAACAAAGCUGAAACAGUUGAGAGAUGCUUUGAGAGAUAACUGCAUUGAAUCUACAAAGAUGAAGACUGCCGACGCAAUUAAGGAUCGACUGACGAGCAUGAUGGAACUUGAGCCGGAGAGAAACGUCGAGGAUAUCGUAAAGGAAUAUAAACAGGCUAUAGCGGAAAUUAAAAUUGAUCCGUCGAAGGACAUCAGACUGGUGCAAUACGAUAAGCAGAUGGAGAAUUUGGAUGAAGCGAACAAAGCGGAAUCUAAUAAAGGAGUAGAAAACACGGAUACAGACCUGCGAAUGACAAGCCAGGACAUGAACAUAAUCGAUCCGAUCUCGAAGACGCGAAUGAUCGAUCCGGUGAGAAAUGCCGUUUGCGGUCACGUUUACGAUCGUGGGAACCUCGUCGCGAUGUUGCAGCGAAACAAACAGACUAGGUGUCCUGUAGUGGGAUGCACCAGCAAGGAUUAUAUAGAUUUAAGCCAGUGUCGCGUCGACAUCGUAACGAAAAUGUACUUGGAGAAAAAUCCUGCAUAGAUGCGAAGAGAACGAGUGUGGCGAGCACCUAUGUCGGAUGUACAUCGAGUGUACAUAUUGUAUAAAUCUUUCUUUUAUACUGAAUAAAGUAUUUCCCUUACAUUAUUAA